UUAUAGAGCAUCCAUGGAGAGCAGCUUCCAGUGCGUUCUUAUACAGUAGUGGUGGAACUAUCACGCGAAGCGGUCCGGUCGUGAUUUGUGCGAGUGUCUUCCUCUUUCUCUUACUGAUGUUACACUAUUCAUCAUGAAAUUAAGAACUUUUAUAGCGUAUCAGACAUUUUUAAUUGUUUUCAAUUACGCUUAUGGACAAAAGUCUACACCAGCUUCAGACUGUCCGUCCAUAAAUGAAGGUGACAACUUUACCCAAUCCGAGUUCUUGUCGCGGCUGGCGGACGAAUGCAGAUACGACCGCCUCCUGCUCCCCACGUACGCCACUGGUGAGACAGUAUACGUGCAUGCUAGUGCCUAUGUUUACUUCAUACAACCAGCUGAAGCACAUGAUUUGAACUUCAAAUUGCAUUUCCUCCUACAACUGCGGUGGACUGACCUUCGCUUAGCGUACCACCUUUACUCACCGAAACGCGUGACAAUUAUUGGCGAGGACGAUCUAAGACGUCGGAUAUGGGUUCCCCAUUUAUAUAUGUCAAAUGAACAAUCAUCAAGUUUAAUGGGCACUGAUAGUAAAGACGUUCUAAUAUCCAUAUCACCCUCCGGGGAAGUAGUUUUCAGCCGUCGAAUGCAGGCCGUACUUUAUUGUUGGAUGAAUCUACAAAAAUUUCCAUUUGAUGAUCAAACUUGUUCAAUGAAUCUUGAAAGUUGGAAAUACAACGCAUCCAUUUUGCGAUUAAUGUGGGAAAAAGGAAUACCGCCAGUUCACUUGUCACCAGAAUUGCAUCUUACGGAAUAUUCUCUAAUAGAUUUUUGGACUAACGAAUCUGUUGUUCGUGGAGACAUUUCAAGUAUGCGCCUCAUAGGAGGUAGUAGAAUGGGAAACUACAGUGCCUUAAAAUUUACAUUUAAAUUGGGAAGAGAAGUGGGUUACUACCUCAUGGAUUAUUUUAUUCCAUCCAUGAUGAUAGUUGCCAUGUCAUGGGUCACAUUCUGGUUGCAAGCUGACGCCUCAGCUCCUAGAAUCACCUUAGGUACCAGUACUAUGUUGUCAUUCAUCACCCUGGCGUCUAGCCAAGCCAAGACGUUGCCCAAGGUGUCGUACAUCAAAGCCAGCGAAAUAUGGUUCCUCGGUUGCAUCGGUUUCAUCUUCUCUGCACUCGUCGAAUUCGCUUUUGUCAAUACCAUUUGGAGAAGAAAGAAAGUUGUUAGUUUAAAGAAGGUCAACAGCAAAUAUAUUUUGAAGAGUACGCUAACUCCUCGGCUUGCGCGUAAGGAAUUACAAAAGGAGUUACAGGAAUCGUCGCCUCAGCUUUCCAAGUCACGGUCAUGCUCAUCAUUGAAUCAAGACACGAGCACCGACCCUGCAGGACCAGGAUACAACAACUACUUAACAGUACACAGUUUCCCAUCUGCACUAAACUUGCCUACGAUCACGACACAAAGCUACGACGACCUUAUGCCAGGUCAAGGCGGCCCCAACAGACAGCAGAAUGGUGCCGACAGCGAUGGCUCCGACGAACCACCCAAACAUCACACUUGGACUACAAUGACUCCUCAAGAGAUCGCUACGUGGAUAGACAAACGAUCCCGAAUCAUGUUUCCUAUUCUGUUCGUUUUCUUCAACAUUAUUUAUUGGACUUUCGUUUACUGUCUGUGAUUUAAAAUAAUAUCUGUAUGUAGGCUGAAAUUUUCGUGACAUCAUCAGUCGUACCGACAUCUUUACUUAGUCAUAGCAAGAUGUCGAUGUUAGGUAAUAAGUAGGAGUAUGAGAAAAUCAUAUUUCAAGUAAAGCCAAAUAGCUACUACUGAAUAUUUACCUGUAAGAUAUUACACAGGUAUGUGUUAGGAAGACAAAAAAAAGGUCAUCAAAUAAUAUAAAAAUAUUUGUCUUAGAUCUUUUGAUUUAAUUAAUCUGAUUAAUUUCAGUUACUUUUAGAAAAUAUUUCAAAUAAUAGAAUAAGAAAAUUAGUUUUUGUUUUUCAAAAAGUGCUUGUAUCUCAAAUAACAGAUACUAUCGCCUGAGUCAAAUGUAAAGUUACAUUUAUUCCUUUUAUUUACAUUACAUUAUUAUUAUUUACAUUAGAAAUUUAUGGAAUAUUAGUUUUAUACUUUAAAUGACGUUUUAUUAAGUGGCCAUAUUUUUGUAACUAGUUGUAAGUAAUAAAAUAACAAAAUGUUCCUUUUCGUUCGACGUCUUGCCGAAUAAUUAAAAAAAUUAUAAAUUAUUUUAAAUUAUUUUUAAAUAAAAAAUUAGGUUUUUUAAAGGGCAAGAAACGAAACUGACCCAAACGUUUCUCUCCAUGUAAUAAAAAGAGACACUGUGAGUCAUCAAUCUUAAUUUUAUUGAGAUUUUCUGUCAAUAUUGCCUACAUUCCAGUCUUUAAAAACAAUACCAUAUCAACUAUUAAUUGUCCAUUGCUGAACAUAGGCCUCCCACAUAAUGGAGGAGUUUUGCCAGUAGUUGACUUAAUAGGCAGGUUAGCAACCAUAGUUAGGUUAGGACUUUGGUGAUGUUUUAAGAGGGAUGCUGCUGCCCAUCCCUCGACCCCACGAGAAGGGAAAGGACAGGGAUUGUUUUUACGACACCCACGAGAAAGGAAGUGGUGGCUCAUUCUAUGCCGACUUACACGGCCACUUACACGGCUUUAAAGACAAUGACCCUGUUUAUUAAGAAGUAUUCUUGGGUCACUAGUGUAAAAAUUUAAUUACUAAUUUAAAUACUAAUUAACUACAUAUUUAUUAUAUUUCGGUAGGUUUAUACCAGACAACAUAUGUCUCUACAUAUACAUAGAUACAUGUUGUAAAGUCCGCUCAUAGUAAUGAGAUUAUUAUAGUAUAAAUAAAAAUCACAAAACUAAGCAUCGAAGUGGAUGUGUUCAAAAGGACGAAUAUAAAUUCUGAAAAUAUCAUUAUCCUAAUUCCAAAAUCUCACAUUUACGAAGUCGUGAACAAAAGCUAGUAUAAAAUAAAUAUGUAAGUGUUAAUACUAUGUAAGUGUCUAUUAUUAAUUAGUCCACAAUUUUUUUAAUAAUCUUAUUUAAUAAAAUAUAAGAAUACUUUUAAUGUUUGUUUAUUUUG